UAAUUGGUGGGUUCGCUGCAUGCAGGAACUAAUUAGGGAGCGCGGGGCAGUGAACAGCUGGUGGGCAGCUGGUAGCUGGGAGAGGUAAAUUGUGGAGCCGCCCGCCCUGGAAAGGUACUUCCUCUAGAGAGUGAUGAUGCUCUCGGCAGAGUAAUGACGUAGCUUUCCGAUCAGCAAACAGCAGCAGCAAGCUCCCCUCCGCCCAUUGAGCUUCUUUUAAAGCUUCGUCGCGCCCUUUGCAUUCUUCUUUUCUUCCUUUCAUUCUCAUCAACACAUUUGACCCACACAUCACUCCAUCAACAAUCAUCCACCGCCGACAUCACCCACUCUCGCUCGCUCUACCUACACCAGAGAAAGCGAUCUAACACCACUGUCACGCGACAAUCGUCCAUCACUAAACUUCCCCCAUUCACCUCCAAAACUCAGACAUCAUGGCUCGCGGCGAAACCACCCAGGCCAAAGUCCACUUCAAGGGCAACCAGGACGACUACCUUGUCUUCGUCGACGACGUUGACGCAUUCAAGAAGUGGUCGGACGGCGACAAGACGGUCCCGCUGGCGCACUUCAUCUCGUCAUUCCAGGUCUUCCGAACGCACAACCAAGGCGCCCAAGGAACCUAUGACGCUGCCGCCAAGGGCACGCUCGAGAGUGAAUUUGGCACUUCUGUCGACGACGAAGUCAUCAAGAUUAUCCUCGAAAAGGGUGCUCUCCAGACCAGUGAGAUGCCUGCCCGUCAAGGUUCCAAGAACGAUACCAUUGGAUCUAUGGUCGCGCACUAGAGAUGAGGGUAAUUUUUAGGCGGGUCAUGUUUUUGCAAGCAUGACUACUCGACAUUGAGAAUUUGGGAUAAGGAAUUGCACGUUGAACGUGGGCAUCACCACGCGGACCUGUUUACACACGUAUCUAGCGUACCUGAGACGGUCGAUGAAGGCGAAAGCAGGCAGCGAGCGCAUGGGCUAGUUCAUCAAGGAAUUGAACCCGCUUGUGCAUGUUUUACGGCUCUGGAAUAUGGGCUGAAUUAAGAAUCCACACCCAAUUACGCUCAUUUAUGUUUCCACCGGUGUGACUGUUGUCAUUUAUUGUGUUGGGCAUUCCGCCUUGUUAUGAGGGCUGCUGAGUCGUGCUAUGAUACUUCAAGAGCAUCUAUUGUUUGCAAAUACUGCAUGACUUUGAUCUAUUUG